AUGUGUGAACUUUUUUUAUUAUUUAAACAUCAAAAAGUUGAUAUUUUUAAAAUUCCUCCAAGGCCUUUUGAAGGUCACAGAGCAGAAUUAUGGACAGAAAAAAUAUGGGAAGGUUUCGUUGUUUUAUAUAUAAAAAAUGAUCAAAUCAUUUUAAAAUUAGUGGAUGAAAAUGAAGUUUUAUUUGCUCAGUGUGUUAUUCCACAUAAUUAUGAAACCGUUGUUGAAAAAGCUAUAGAUAGUUCGAGAUAUUUUUCAAUUAGAGUUGAAAACACUAAUGAUAAAAAUGAAAUCAUGUAUUCUUUUAUAGGAAUAUUCUUUGAGGAGAGAACGGUGGCUUUUAAUUUUCUUUGUACAAUUAAUGAUUUUUAUAGAUUUAAAAUUUUUAAUAGUAAAUUCAAUUCGGUUAUAGAAAAAAAAAAGUUACAUAAAAUGAACGAAGGAGAAAAAAUAACAAUAAAAAUAAAAGGAUUAAAAGUUAAAGAGAGAAAGGAAACAAAUGACAAGAAUUUUGAUUUAGAAUCACCAAAAUAA